CGCAGAAUCAGCGCCAUAAUUAAACGGCGCUUGUCUUUAGAUAUCAAUGGACUUUUGUUUUUAUUUUUUUAAAAACAAAUUCUAGCAAACAAAGAUGAAAACAAAUUUUGAGGAAAGCGUCUCCUACGUCCAGUAGUCUUCCAAAGGAGUGGAGCUUUGUCCGGUACGUGGAGCUGACACGGAGCCGAUGCGGCCGGAGCGGGAAGUUAGCAGCGGGCGUUAGCCGCGGGGACACCGGUGUUACCGUCCUGCCUCCACCGCUCACUGCUUCCCUUCACCGGCCUCAGCAAGUAUGAGCUACCCGGUGAACCUCCAGGCCCUGCCCGGGGAAAUUCUCCAGGAGGUUUUCACUCCAGAAAACAUGAGAAGAAACAGGCGCUCUGUUGGUUCCCUCGCUCAGCUGGCGUUCCCUAAAUCCCGCUUGGCUCUGUGGGACGGCAGCGCAGCAGGAGAGAAGCUCCGCCUCCAGCUCUGCUCCCACAGGAAACUUCAGCUUGUCCUCCUGGAGAAAGCUCUGCGCCUGGCGCAGCGCCACGCCCGCCAUAGCAACAAGCCCCGCCUCCAUUGUUUCCUCCUGGGGUCACUCUCUGUGAACGAAGAUGAGGAUGGGGUCACCGUGACUUUGGACCGCUUCGAUCCGGGUCGGGACCAGGCCGGAACCACGGCGCCGUCUGCUCUGCUUCCUGGAGACGUUCUGGUCCCCUGCGUGGUUCAGCCCGAGAUGCCACAUGAUGCCGUUGUCCAAUCAGAGGCUGAGUUUCACCACUGCUUCAAGGCGCUGCAGCAGUUGGUGAGCAGCAGACAGACUCUGGAUCUGUCCCAGCUGCUGAAGGUCAAAGUUCACGUUGUUUGCCUGCAGCAGGCCGACGCCGCCACGUUCAGCCUCAGCUGGUCGGCCGUCUGUCCUGCCGUCCCGCUGGACGUCCAGCCGGUCCGCGCCAUCCCUAUCAUACCCACCGCCCUGCUGAGGUCGCUGACGAGCGUUGGCCGACCGGCGCCCCCCGCUGGCCGGCAGAGAGGGUUUCUGACCAUGGAUCAGAGCAGAAAGUUGGUUCUGCUGCUGGAGUCGGACCCCAAAGCCUCCAGCCUGCCGCUCGUCGGCCUCUGGCUGAGCAGCAUCACACACGCUUACAACCCUCAGGUUUGGGCCUGGAGCCUCAGGUUCAUGUUCGGCUCCGCCCUGCAGGACAGGGUUCUGUCUGAGCUCGGCUGCUUCCUCCUGGUCGUGUUUGGCUCCACCCACAGAACCCCUCAGUUCUUCCAGUGCCGAGAUUCCCGACCGGGACCGGGAGCCCAGCUGGACUUCCAGCUGCUGACGGCCUCCCAGGUCGCCACGCUCUACCAGCAGGUGGCGCCGGUGGACGGUGGGGCGCUGCGGUGCGAGUUGGGCCCGGUGGAUCCCAGCAGGCAGGACGAAGCGUUCAGAGCGGCUCACAGCGCCUUCAGCAGGGCGACGCCUCCUGCUGCCGGUCCGUCCGUCAGCGAUCAGGACUCUGGAGUCGAGGAUGAGGACUUUUCUCCCCGACCGUCGCCGAGCCCCCACCCUCCAGCAGCUCAGGCUCGCCACGUCCAGCCGUCCGUCCCUGAACUCUCCCUGCUGAUCGACGGCAGCUUCUCCUCCAAUCACAGCGGCGGGCAGCACUCUGGCCCCGCCCACCGGCGGCAUCCAGCCAACAGGAAGCCGGCUUCCCCCACCGCCGCUUCAUCAGCGGCACAGCCUCCUCCUCUUCCUCACCUCCACAGCACACCGAACUCCAACCUGCAGCAGCUCUGCGCCUGCUGCUCCGCCCACAACUGCACCUCCAUCUUCCCCUCGCCAGUGCUCCUCCCUGCUGCCGAUGCACCUCGCAUCCAGCAAUCUGCUCCUCUUGCUCCCUCUUCCUCUCUGAAAGCAUCUUCGCCCCUCGCCUCCUCACAGCACUACAACCCCAAGCAUCCGUCCACUCCUCCUCUUCCUCCCUGCAGCCAUCCGUCCACUCCUCCUCUUCCUCCCUGCAGCCAUCCCUCCACUCCUCCUCUUCCUCCCUGCAGCCAUCCCUCCACUCCUCCUCUUCCUCCCUGCAGCCAUCCGUCCACUCCUCCUCUUCCUCCUUUCUCCUCUCAACAGCAAACUCCUCCUCUUCCUCCUUCCUGCUCCUAUAAACAGACUCCUCUUCCUCCCUGCAGCCAUCCCUCCACUCCUCCUCUUCCUCCCUGCAGCCAUCCCUCCACUCCUCCUCUUCCUCCCAUCAGCCUCGCUCCUCCUGCCCCCAUGUGGCACGCAGGCCCCCCCUCCCUCGCUCGCCCCCCCUGUGGGAAUCCCUGCUGUGACAAAGUGGGCGGAGUCCUGACCUCUGACACCUACCAGCUGCUGCUGCAUCAGGACCAACAGCUGCGCCUCCUGCAGGCUCAGGUCCAGAUGCUGCUGGAGGCCCAGAGGAAGCUGCAGACCUCCGGGCCGCAGGUCCAACCGGCGACGCCCAGGAGCACCGCCAGCGUCGCAGUGGGAACGGGCGCCAGUCUGUUCUGGGGUCAAAGUCCCGACCUGACGCUGCUGCAGGAGGAACCAGAACCCAAACCCGACCCCAGAACCCCGCCUUCAUCCUCCACCAGCGCCUCCACCUCAUCACAUGACCUGUUGCUGCACAAGCCAGAGGACGGAGUGAGCUGCUCCCCAUCCGACCCCCACAGCACCAGCGGCCUGCAGAGUCCUGUUCUGGGAGAGAGCGUCAGCAUGUACGGACCUCCAGCAGAACAGCAGAGCUUCUACCAGAACCUGAUGACUCAGCUCAGCAGCCGCCUGCAGGAAUCGGACAGCAGACAGGAAGCAGAGGACGGCUGCAACAGGAAGAGCCCGUCUGAGUCCCACCACUCCCAGUCCCCCCACCACUCCCAGUCCUCCCACCACUCCCAGUCCCCCCACCACUCCCAGUCCUCCCACCACUCCCAGUCCCCCCACCACUCCCAGUCCUCCCACCACUCCCAGUCCCCCCACCACUCCCAGUCCUCCCAGCUGUCCUCAUCCGAGAGGAAGCGGGACCAGAAGAAGAAGAGGAGUCCAGACGGUGACGCAGUGACCCGAGCGACGCUGCGGCGGCUGCAGCAGCUCGGCGUCGCCAUGGAUACUGAAAAUCUGACGGAGUUGGACAAGAACCGAAUCAGAGCGGUGGAGAUGGCCAGCACCUUGGCGACCAUCGACCCAGCGGCCGUCGUCUCUAGGCUCAGCGUCUCCGAGGCAACGGGCAGUGAUCUGUUCGCCGACGGCAGCGUGGACCUGAGCCUGGAGGCCAACGCCAUCGCCCUGCGCUACCUCAGCCAAUCACAGCUCAGCAGGCUGUCCCUGGGAGGCCACGCCCCCUCCGGCGGCGGCGACUCCCUACUGUCGCCAAGCAACAUGUCCCUGGCCACCAGGAAGUACAUGAGGCGCUACGGCCUGAUCGAGGAAGAGGAGGAGGAUGAAGAAGAGGUCAAAGGUCAGGAGGCCCGGCAGCCGCUGAGUGACGCGCUGAACCUGAAGUCCCUCCCACAGAGUCAGCUGAUCCGGGAGCUGCGGCCCAAAAUGCAGCUGCUGGCCGGAACCAGAACCGGCGCUGGCGAGGAGAAGGAAAACCGAACGGUGCCGGUGGGCCGGACCGGUCCAAACGGGCCGCAGCCGGAGGGAUCGGUCGGGAACAUCCUGGACCUGAGCCGCCUGAGGCAGCUGCCCAAGCUGUUCUGACCCAACAGAACCAGAACCAAACCUGGACUUACUUUAAUACCUGUGAACUUUAGAUGAAGUCUAAGAACCAGAACCCGGUCAGAUCAGCUGAUCUUAUUUUUUUGUUUUCUGGUUUUAUGUGAAAAGUCUUCUGCACUUUUUUAAUAUUUCUAAUUUCACAAAUAAAAUUUGCUUCAGAUUUUAAAUAAA